AUGGUUAUAGAGGUCAGUGUGAUAGAAUUCAGUGUUAUAGAGGUCAGUGUGAUAGCGACAGAGGUCAGUGUGAUAGCGACAGAGGUCAGUGUGAUAGCGACAGAGGUCAGUGUGAUAGCGACAGAGGUCAGUGUGAUAGCGACAGAGGUCAGUGUGAUAGCGACAGAGGUCAGUGUGAUAGUGACAGAGGUCAGUGUGAUAGUGACAGAGGUCGGUGUAAUAGUGAUAGAGGUCGGUGUGAUAGUGAUAGAGGUCGGUGUGAUAGUGAUAGAGGUCGGUGUGAUAGUGAUAGAGGUCGGUGUGAUAGUGAUAGAGGUCAGUGUGUUAGUGAUAGAGGUCAGUGUGAUAGUGAUAGAGGUCAGUGUGAUAGAGGUCUGUGUGAUAGAGGUCUGUGUGAUAGAGGUCAGUGUGAUAGAGGUCAGUGUGAUAGUGAUAGAGGUCAGUGUGAUAGUGAUAGAGGUCAGUGUGAUAGUGAUAGAGGUCAGUGUGAUAGUGAUAGAGGUCAGUGUGAUAGCGACAGAGGUCAGUGUGAUAGCGACAGAGGUCAGUGUGAUAGCGACAGAGGUCAGUGUGAUAGCGACAGAGGUCAGUGUGAUAGUGACAGAGGUCAGUGUGAUAGUGACAGAGGUCAGUGUGAUAGUGAAAGAGGUCAGUGUGAUAGUGACAGAGGUCAGUGUGAUAGUGACAGAGGUCAUUGUGAUAGUGACAGAGGUCAGUGUGAUAGUGACAGAGGUCAGUGUGAUAGUGACAGAGGUCAGUGUGAUAGCGACAGAGGUUUACAUAGUUAGAGUGAGAAGACUUCUGACAGUUUACAUAGUUGUGAUAGAGGUCAGAGUGUUUGUGAUAGAGAUCAGAGUGAUAGUGACAGAGGUCAGUGUGAUAGUGACAGAGGUCAGAGUGAUAGUGACAGAGGUCAGUGUGAUAGUGACAGAGGUCAGUGUGAUAGUGACAGAGGUCAGUGUGAUAGUGACAGAGGUCAGUGUGAUAGUGACAGAGGUCAUUGUGAUAGUGACAGAGGUCAGUGUGAUAGUGACAGAGGUCAGUGUGAUAGUGACAGAGGUCAGUGUGUUAGUGACAGAGGUCAGUGUGUUAGUGAUAGAGGUCAGUAUGAUAGUGAUAGAGGUCAGUGUGAUAGUGACAGAGGUCAGUGUGAUAGUGACAGAGGUCAGUGUGAUAGUGACAGAGGUCAGUGUGAUAGUGACAGAGGUCAGUGUGAUAGUGACAGAGGUCAGUGUGAUAGUGACAGAGGUCAUUGUGAUAGUGACAGAGGUCAGUGUGAUAGUGACAGAGGUCAGUGUGAUAGUGACAGAGGUCAGUGUGAUAGUGACAGAGGUCAGUGUGAUAGUGAUAGAGGUCGGUGUGAUAGUGAUAGAGGUCAGUGUGUUAGUGAUAGAGGUCAGAGUGUUUGUGAUAGAGAUCAGAGUGAUAGUGACAGAGGUCAGUGUGAUAGUGACAGAGGUCAGAGUGAUAGUGACAGAGGUCAGUGUGAUAGUGACAGAGGUCAGUGUGAUAGUGACAGAGGUCAUUGUGAUAGUGACAGAGGUCAGUGUGAUAGUGACAGAGGUCAGUGUGGAUAGUGACAGAGGUCAUUGUGAUAGUGACAGAGGUCAGUGUGAUAGUGACAGAGGUCAGAGUGAUAGUGACAGAGGUCAGUGAUAGUGACAGAGGUCAGUGUGAUAGUGACAGAGGUCAGUGUGAUAGUGACAGAGGUCAGUGUGAUAGUGACAGAGGUCAGUGUGAUAGUGACAGAGGUCAGUGUGAUAGUGACAGAGGUCAGUGGUAGUGACAAGUCGGUGAUAGUGACAGAGGUCAGUGUGAUAGUGACAGAGGUCAGUGUGAUAGUGAAGAGGUCGUGUGAUGUAGAGGUCAGGUUGUGAUAGUGCAGAGGGGUCAGUGUGAUAGUGACAGAGGUCAGUGUGAUAGUGACAGAGGUCAGUGUGAUAGUGACAGAGGUCAGGUGUGAUAGUGUUAGAGGUCAGUGUGUUAGUGAUUGAGUGCAGAGGUUUGUGAUAGUAGAUCAGAGUGAUAGUGACAGAGGUCAGUGUGAUAGUGACAGAGGUCAGGUGAUAGUGACAGAGGUCAGUGUGAUAGUGACAGAGGUCAGGUGAUAGUGACAGAGGUCAGUGUGAUAGUGACAGAGGUCAGUUGUGAUAGUGACAGAGGUCAGUGUGAUAGUGACAGAGGUCAGUGUGAUAGUGACAGAGGUCAUUGUGAUAGUGACAGAGGUCAGUGUGAUAGUGACAGAGGUCAGAGUGAUAGUGACAGAGGUCAGUGUGAUAGUGACAGAGGUCAGUUUGAUAGUGACAGAGGUCAGUGUGAUAGUGACAGAGGUCAGUGUGAUAGUGACAGAGGUCAGUGUGAUAGUGACAGAGGUCAGUGUGAUAGUGACAGAGGUCAGUGUGUUAGUGAUAGAGGUCAGUCUGAUAGUGAUAGAGGUCAGUAUGAUAGUGAUAGAGGUCAGUGUGAUAGUGACAGAGGUCAGUGUGAUAGUGACAGAGGUCAGUGUGAUAGUGACAGAGGUCAGUGUGAUAGUGACAGAGGUCAUUGUGAUAGUGACAGAGGUCAGUGUGAUAGUGACAGAGGUCAGUGUGAUAGUGACAGAGGUCAGUGUGAUAGUGACAGAGGUCAGUGUGAUAGUGACAGAGGUCAGUGUGAUAGUGACAGAGGUCAGUGUGAUAGUGACAGAGGUCAGUGUGAUAGUGAUAGAGGUCAGUGUGAUAGAGGUCAGUGUGAUAGAGGUCAGUGUGAUAGAGGUCAGUGUGAUAGAGGUCAGUGUGAUAGAGGUCAGUGUGAUAGAGGUCAGUGUGAUAGAGGUCAGUGUGAUAGUGAUAGAGGUCAGUGUGAUAGUGAUAGAGGUCAGUGUGAUAGUCAUAGAGGUCAGUGUGAUAGUGAUAGAGGUCAGUGUGAUAGUGACAGAGGUCAGUGUGAUAGUGACAGAGGUCAGUGUGAUAGUGACAGAGGUCAGUGUGAUAGUGACAGAGGUCAUUGUGAUAGUGACAGAGGUCAGUGUGAUAGUGACAGAGGUCAGUGUGAUAGAGGUCAGUGUGAUAGAGGUCAGUGUGAUAGUAAUAGAGGUCAGUGUGAUAGUGCUAGAGGUCAGUGUGAUAGUGCUAGAGGUCAGUGUGAUAGAGGUCAGUGUGAUAGUGACAGAGUUCAGUGUGAUAGUGAUAGAAGGUCAGUGUGAUAGUGAUAGAGGUCAGUGUGAAAGAGGUCAGUGUGAUAGAGGUCAGUGUGAUAGAGGUCAGUGUGAUAGAGGUCAGUGUGAUAGAGGUCAGUGUGAUAGAGGUCAGUGUGAUAGAGGUCAGUGUGAUAGAGGUCAGUGUGAUAGAGGUCAGUGUGAUAGAGGUCAGUGUGAUAGAGGUCAGUGUGAUAGAGGUAGAGGUCAGUGUGAUAGUGAUAGAGGUCAGUGUGAUAGUGAUAGAGGUCAGUGUGAUAGUGACAGAGGUCAGUGUGAUAGCGACAGAGGUCAGUGUGAUAGCGACAGAGGUCAGUGUGAUAGCGACAGAGGUCAUUGUCAUGGCGACAGAGGUCAGUGUGAUAGCGACAGAGGUCAGUGUGAUAGCGACAGAGGUCAGUGUGAUAGCGACAGAGGUCAGUGUGAUAGCGACAGAGGUCAGUGUGAUAGCGACAGAGGUCAGUGUGAUAGCGACAGAGGUCAGUGUGAUAGCGACAGAGGUCAGUGUGAUAGCGACAGAGGUCAGUGUGAUAGCGACAGAGGUCAUUGUCAUGGUGACAGAGGUCAUUGUCAUGGUGACAGAGGUCAUUGUCAUGGUGACAGAGGUCAUUGUCAUGGUGACAGAGGUCAUUGUCAUGGUGACAGAGGUCAUUGUCAUGGUGACAGAGGUCAUUGUGAUGUCAGUUUGAUAUAGGUCAGAGUGAUGUUGAUAGAGGUCAUUGUGAUAGUGACAGAGGUCAGUGUGAUAGUGUUAGCGGUCAGUGUGAAAGUGAUAGAGGUCAGUGUGAUGUUUAUAGAGGUCAGUGUGUUUGUAUUUAUUUGGGAUCCCCGUUAGCUGUUGCCAAGGCAGCAGCUACUCUUCCUAGAGUCCAAACACAUUAAGGCACUUACAUUACAUAUAAAACAAGAGAUAAAACAGUACAUCAUAUAACAUUAUUACACCACUACAUAUAUACAAUACAAAAUGUAUAAUACCACCAUACAACAGUAUUACAAUGUAUGUGUGUGUAGAGUGCGUGUGCUAGCGCUUGUGUGUGUCUGUACCUGUGUGUGUGUCUCUUCACAGUCCCCGCUGUUACAUAAAGUGUAUUUUUAUCUGUUUUUAAAAUCUAAUUUUACUACUUGCAUCAAUUACCUGAUGUGGAAUAGAGUUCCAUGUAGUCAUGGCUCUAUGUAGUACUGUGUGCCUCCCAUAGUCUGUUCUGGACUUGGGGACUGUGAAGAGACCUCUGGUGGCAUGUCUUGUGGGGUAUGCGUGGGUGUCCGAGCUGUGUGCUAGUAGUUUAAACAGACAGCUCUGUGCUUUCAACUUGUCAACACUUCUUACAAAAACAACUAGUGAUGAAGUCAAUCUCUCUUCCACUUUGAGCCAUGACAGAUUGACAUGUACAGUGAGGGAAAAAAGUAUUUGAUCCACUGCUGAUUUUGUACGUUUGCCCACUGACAAAGAAAUGAUCAGUCUAUAAUUUUAAUGGUAGGUUUAUUUGAACAGUGAGAGACAGAAUAACAACAAAAAAAUCCAGAAAAACGCAUGUCAAAAAUGUUAUAAAAUUAUUUGCAUUUUAAUGAGGGAAAUAAGUAUUUGACCCCUCUGCAAAACUUGACUUAGUACUUGGAGUCGGAGUGUGUGUUUCUGUGUCGGAGUGUGUGUUUCUGUGUCGGAGUGUGUGCUUAUCAAGUUGAGGGGUCUAUAAUUCAUAGAACAGUCCAGGGACCACAGCAUAUAAAUACCUUCACAUCUCUCCCUCCAUCAUCCCUGCAUCCCUCUCUCGCUCUCUCUCCCUCCUUUCCUCCCCCUCCCUUCCUCCGAACCCAUUAUCUCUCUCCAUCACUCCUUUCUCCCCUUUUUCUCUGGCAGGAAAGGGUAGACUGGCCUCUCACAUCUAGGAGUAAAGAAUAGAGAAAUUAAAAUGUGGAAAAAGUCAAGGGGUCAGAAUACUUUCCGAAUGCACUGUACAAAGUGUAGACUGAACUAGUAUCAUAGUACAUCUAUAGGGUAUUUAUAAAGGGUAGACUGUUAUCUAGUAUCGUAAUACAUAAUAUGCCAUUUAGCAGACACUUUUAUCCAAAGCGACUUACAGUCAUGCGUGCAUACAUUUUUAAGUAUGGGUGGUCCCGGGGAUCGAACCCACUACACUGGCUUUACAAGUGCCAUGCUCUACCAACUGAUCUACAAAGGACCACAGCUGUUGGGACUGAUGCAUGCUCAAUUCUGAUGAUGUAAAAACCCACAAGUUAACAAAAGUGGUGGAAACAUGUUACGAGAUAACCUCACAAGAAUACAUUUACAGCAUCAUAGACAAGUAAAAAAUACACAACAUUCUCACUUUUCUUUCACGUUAAGAAAAAACUUUGAUUUGGCUCCUGGUGUCUGGCCCAAUUGAACAGUGUUCAGACAUUGGUGAAUUCUGCAGAGGUCUCUUCUUUUUAGAAUCAAAGUGGACUUCAAAUAAAGUACACUAAAAGCUUUCGCACAUCUAUGGUCUAUUUAUAAAGAAAUUGGAAUUGACGUCAGUGAUCGUGCUGUCAGUUUCUGCUGAGAUAAUGGCUGUAUGACUUCCAAAACAUGCACUCACACACACACAACGCUCAUACAGGCCUGUCAGAGUGAAUCUAGAUUAAUGAUAAUCAAAUAGAUUCAUGGCUUCCACGGUGCGCCGUGGUCAUUCGGUAAUAGCGUAUCUCAGUCGUAAGCGUAUCAUCUGUCGGGCGAAAGCUUGGCUCAGUCGGUAUACGUCUUCCAGUCGUAGAGCGUAUCUCAGUCGGUAGAGCGUAUCUCAGUCGGUAGAGAGCGUGGCUCAGUCGGUAGAGCGUAUCUCAGUCGGUAGAGCGUAUCUCAGUCGGUAGAGCGAUAUCUCCUCAUCGGGUAGAUCGUAUCUCAGUCGGUAGAGCGUGGCUCAGAUCGGUAGAGCGUGGCUCAUGCGGUAUACGUGCUCAGUCGUUAGAGCGUAAUGCUCAGUCCGGGUAUAGGCUGUGGCUCAGUCGUAAAAGCGUUAUCGCAGUCGGUAGGACUAUGCCAGUCGGUAGACAGCGUUCUCAGUCCGGUAAGCUUAUCUCAUCGGUGAGCGUAUCUUAGUCGUAGAGCGUGUCUCAGUCGGUAGACGUAGCUCAGCUCAGUCGUAAGCGUAAUCUCAUCGGUAGAGCGUAUCUCAGUCGGUAUAGCGUAUCUCAGUCUCGGUAGAGCGUGGCUCAGUCCGGUAGAGCGUAUCUCAGUCGGUAGAGCGUAUCUCAGUCGGUGAGCGUAUCUCAUCGUAGAGCGUGGCUCAUCGUAGAGCGUGGCUCGUCGUAGAGCGGCUCAGUCGUAGAGCGUGCUCAUCGGUAACGUGGCUCUCGGUAGAGCGUAUAUCAUCGGUAGAGCGUGGCUCAGUCGGUAGAGCGUGGCUCAAGUCGGUUGAGCGUAUCUCAGUCGUAGAGCGUAUCUCAGUCGGUAGAGCGUACUCAGUCGGUAAGCGUAUCUCAGUCGGUAGAGCGUGAAUCAGUCGGUAGAGCGUGGCUCAGUCGGUAGAGCGUAUCUCAGGUCGGUAGAGCGUGGCUCAGUCGGUAGAGCGUAUCUCAGUCGGUAGAGCGUAUCUCAGUCGGUAGAGCGUAUCUCAGUCGGUAGAGCGUAUCUCAGUCGGUAGAGCGUGGGUCAGUCGGUAGAGUGUAUCUCAGUCGGUAGAGCGUGGCUCAGUCGGUAGAGCGUGGCUCAGUAGGUCGAGCGUAUCUCAGUCGGUAGAGCGUAUCUCAGUCGGUAGAGCGUAUCUCAGUCGGAAGAGCGGGGCUUCAGUCGGUAGAGCGUGGCUCAGUCGGUAGAGCGUGGCUCAGUCGGUAGAGUGUAUCUCAGUCGGUAGAGCGUAUCUCAGUCGGUAGAGCGUGGCUCAGUCGGUAGAGCGUAUCUCAGUCGGUAGAGCGUAUCUCAGUCGGUAGAACGUAUCUCAGUCGGUAGAGCGUAUCUCAGUCGGUAGAGCAUGGCUCAGUCGGUAGAGCAUGGCUCAGUCGGUAGAGUGUAUCUCAGUCGGUAGAGCGUAUCUCAGUCGGUAGAGCGUAUCUCAGUCGGUAGAGCGUAUCUCAGUCGGUAGAGCGUAUCUCAGUCGGUAGAGCGUGGCUCAGUCGGUAGAGCGUAUCUCUGUCGGUAGAGCGUGGCUCAGUCGGUAGAGCGUGGCUCAGUCGGUAGAGCGUAUAUCAGUCGGUAGAGCGUGGCUCAGUCGGUAGAGCGUGGCUCAGUCGGUAGAGCGUAUCUCAGUCGGUAGAGCGUAUCUCAGUCGGUAGAGCGUAUCUCAGUCGGUAGAGCGUAUCUCAGUCGGUAGAGCGUGAAUCAGUCGGUAGAGCGUGGCUCAGUCGGUAGAGCGUAUCUCAGUCGGUAGAGCGUGGCUCAGUCGGUAGAGCGUAUCUCAGUCGGUAGAGCGUAUCUCAGUCGGUAGAGCGUAUCUCAGUCGGUAGAGCGUAUCUCAGUCGGUAGAGCGUGGGUCAGUCGGUAGAGUGUAUCUCAGUCAGUAGAGCGUGGCUCAGUCGGUAGAGCGUGGCUCAGUAGGUCGAGCGUAUCUCAGUCGGUAGAGCGUAUCUCAGUCGGUAGAGCGUAUCUCAGUCGGAAGAGCGUGGCUCAGUCGGUAGAGCGUGGCUCAGUCGGUAGAGCGUGGCUCAGUCGGUAGAGCGUAUCUCAGUCGGUAGAGCGUAUCUCAGUCGGUAGAGCGUGGCUCAGUCGGUAGAGCGUAUCUCAGUCGGUAGAGCGUAUCUCAGUCGGUAGAGCGUAUCUCAGUCGGUAGAGCGUAUCUCAGUCGGUAGAGCGUAUCUCAGUCGGUAGAGCGUAUCUCAGUCGGUAGAGCGUAUCUCAGUCGGUAGAGCGUGGCUCAGUCGGUAGAGCAUGGCUCAGUCGGUAGAGCGUAUCUCAGUCGGUAGAGCGUAUCUCAGUCGGUAGAGCGUAUCUCAGUCGGUAGAGCGUGGCUCAGUCGGUAGAGCGUAUCUCUGUCGGUAGAGCGUAUCUCUGUCGGUAGAGCGUAUCUCUGUCGGUAGAGCGUAUCUCUGUCGGUAGAGCGUAUCUCUGUCGGUAGAGCGUAUCUCUGUCGGUAGAGCGUAUCUCAGUCGGUAGAGCGUAUCUCAGUCGGUAGAGCGUAUCUCAGUCGGUAGAGCGUAUCUCAGUCGGUAGAGCGUGGCUGAGUCGGUACAUUUACAUUACAUUUACGUCAUUUAGCAGACACUCUUAUCCAGAGCGACUUACAAAUUGGUGCAUUCACCCUAUAGCCAGUGGGAUAAAGAGGUGGGGUUUCAAAUGUCUCCGGAAGGUGGUGAGUGACUCCGCUGUCCUGGCGUCGUGAGGGAGCUUGUUCCACCAUUGGGGUGCCAGAGCAGCGAACAGUUUUGACUGGGUUGAGCGGGAACUAUGCUUCCGCAGAGGAAGGGGAGCCAGCAGGCCAGAGGUGGAUGAACGCAAUGCCCUCGUUUGGGUGUAGGGACUGAUCAGAGCCUGAAGGUACAGAGGUGCCGAUCCCCUCACAGCUCCAUAGGCAAGCACCAUGGUCUUGUAACAGAUGCGAGCUUCAACUGGAAGCCAGUGGAGUGUGCGGAGGAGCGGGGUGACGUGAGAGAACUUGGGAAGGUUGAACACCAGACGGGCUGCGGCAUUCUGGAUGAGUUGUAGGGGUUUAAUGGCACAGGCAGGGAGCCCAGCCAACAGCGAGUUGCAGUAGUCCAGACGGGAGAUGACAAGUGCCUGGAUUAGGACCUGUGCCGCUUCCUGUGUAAGGCAGGGUCGUACUCUCCGAAUGUUGUAGAGCAUGAACCUGCAGGAUCGGGUCACCGCCUUGAUGUUAGCGGAGAACGACAGGGUGUUGUCCAGGGUCACGCCAAGGCUCUUCGCACUCUGGGAGGAGGACACAACGGAGUUGUCAACCGUGAUGGCGAGAUCAUGGAACGGGCAGUCCUUCCCCGGGAGGAAGAGCAGCUCCGUCUUGCCAGGGUUCAGCUUGAGGUGGUGAUCCGUCAUCCAUACUGAUAUGUCUGCCAGACAUGCAGAGAUGCGAUUCGCCACCUGGUUAUCAGAAGGGGGAAAGGAGAAGAUUAGUUGUGUAUCGUCAGCGUAGCAAUGAUAGGAGAGGCCAUGUGAGGAUAUGACAGAGCCAAGUGACUUGGUGUACAGGGAGAAUAGCAGAGGGCCUAGAACUGAGCCCUGGGUGACACCAGUGGUGAGAGCACAUGGUGCGGAGACAGCUUCUCGCCACGCCACUUGGUAGGAGCGACCGGUCAGGUAGGACGCAAUCCAGGAGUGAGCCGCGCCGGAGAUGCCCAGCUCGGAGAGGGUGGAGAGGAGGAUCUGAUGGUUCACAGUAUCAAAGGCAGCAGACAGGUCUAGAAGGACAAGAGCAGAGGAGAGAGUUAGCUUUAGCAGUGCGGAGAGCCUCCGUGACACAGAGAAGAGCAGUCUCAGUUGAGUGACCAGUCCUGAAACCUGACUGGUUUGGAUCAAGAAGGUCAUUCUGAGGGAGAUAGCAAGAGAGUUGGCUAAAGACGGCACGCUCAAUAGUUUUGGAAAGAAAAGAAAGAAGGGAUACUGGUCUGUAGUUGUUGACAUCAGUGGGAUCGAGUGUUGGUUUUUUGAGAAGGGGUGCAACUCUCGCUCUCUUGAAGACGGAAGGGACAUAGCCAGCGGUCAAGGAUGAGUUGAUCAGCGAGGUGAGGUAGGGGAGAAGGUCACCGGAGAUGGUCUUGAGAAGAGAGGAGGGGAUGGGGUCAAGCGGGCAGGUUGUUGGGCGGCCUGCAGUCACAAGUCGCAGGAUUUUAUCUGGAGAGAGAGGGGAGAAAGAAGUCAAAGCAUAGGGUAGGGCAGUGUGAGCAGGACCAGCAGUGUCAUUAGACUUAACAAACGAGGAUCGGAUGUCGUCAACCUUCUUUUCAAAGUGGUUGACGAAGUCAUCCACAGAGAGAGAGGAGGGGGGGGGGGGGGGGGGGGGGGGGGAGGAUUCAGCAGGGAGGAGAAUGUGGCAAAGAGCUUCCUAGGGUUAGAGGCAGAUGCUUGGAAUUUAGAGUGGUAGAAAGUGGCCUUAGCAGCAGAAACAGAUGAAGAAAAUGUAGAGAGGAGGGAGUGAAAAGAUGCCAGGUCGGCAGGGAGUUUAGUUUUCUUCCAUUUCCGCUCCGCUGCCCGGAGCUCUGUUCUGUGAGCUCGCAAUGAGUCAUCAAGCCACGGAGCUGGAGGGGAGGACCGAGCCGGCCGGGAGGAUAGGGGACACAGAGAGUCAAAGGAUGCAGAAAGGGAGGAGAGGAGGGUUGAGGAGGCAGAAUCAGGAGAUUGGAGGUAGAAGGAUUGAGCAGAUUGAAGAGAUGAUAGGAUGGAAGAGGAGAGAGUAGUGGGAGAGAGAGAGCGAAGGUUGCGGUGGCGCAUUACCAUCUGUGUAGGGGCAGAGUGAAUAGUGUUGGAGGAGAGCGAGAGAGAAAAGGAUACAAAGUAGUGGUCGGAGACAUGGAGGGGAGUUGCAGUGAGAUUAGUAGAAGAGCAGCAUCUAGUAAAGAUGAGGUCAAGCGUAUUACCUGCCUUGUGAGUAGGGGGGGACGGUGAGAGGGUGAGGUCAAAAGAGGAGAGGAGUGGAAAGAAGGAGGCAGAGAGAAAUUAGUCAAAUGUAGACGUAGGGAGGUUGAAAUCCCCCAAAACUGUGAGGGGUGAGCCAUCCUCAGGAAAGGAACUUAUCAAGGCGUCAAGCUCAUUGAUGAACUCUCCAAGGGAACCUGGAGGGCGAUAGAUGACAAGGAUAUUAAGCUUAAAUGGGCUAGUGACUAUGACAGCAUGGAAUUCAAAUGAGGAGAUAGACAGAUGGGUUAGGGGAAAAAUUGAGAAUGUCCACUUGGGAGAGAUGAGGAUUCCUGUGCCACCACCCCUCUGACCAGAUGCUCUCGGGGUAUGCGAGAACACAUGGUCAGACGAGGAGAGAGCAGUAGGAGUAGCAGUGUUUUCAGUGGUAAUCCAUGUUUCUGUCAGCGCCAGGAAGUCGAGGGACUGGAGGUUAGCAUAGGCUGGGAUGAAGUCAGCCUUGUUGGCAGCAGAACGGCAGUUCCAGAGGCUGCCUGAGACCUGGAACUCCAGGUGUGGGGUGCGUGCAGGGACCACCAGGUUAGAGAGGCAGCAGCCACGCGGUGUGAGGCGUUUGUGUAGCCUGUGCGGAGAGGAGAGAACAGGGAUAGGCAGAGGCAUAGCUGACAGGCUGUAGCAAAUGGCUACAAUAAUGCAGAGGAGAUCGGAAUGAAAUGAACUAAACAUCUGGGAAAGGAGAGAGUAGGGCCUCUCUCACCAAAACUUCCACCUCAGAAACUAUAAUUGUUUCACUGACUCCCCAGUGCGUGAGGGAGGCCCUACUCCAAUACUUGGUUACAACAAACUACCAAUAGUGUGUUAACACACUAAACAGAUAAUUCUAAACAGAUAAUUCUACAGUCGGUAGAGCGUGGCUCAGUCGGUAGAGCCUAUCUCAGUCGGUAGAGCGUAUCUCAGUCGGUAGAGCGUAUCUCAGUCGGUAGAGCGUAUCUCAGUCGGUAGAGCGUAUCUCAGUCGGUAAAGCGUGGCUCAGUCGGUAGAGCAGGGCUCAGUCGGUAGAGCGUGGCUCAGUCGGUAGAGCGUAUCUCAGUCGGUAGAGCGUAUCUCAGUCGGUAGAGCGUAUCUCAGUCGGUAGAGCGUAUCUCAGUCGGUAGAGCGUAUAUCAGUCGGUAGAGCGUAUCUCAGUCGGUAGAGCGUGGCUCAGUCGGUAGAGCGUGGCUCAGUCGGUAGAGCGUGGCUCAGUCGGUAGAGCGUAUCUCAGUCGGUAGAGCGUAUCUCAGUCGGUAGAGCGUAUCUCAGUCGGUAGAGCGUAUCUCAGUCGGUAGAGCGUAUCUCAGUCGGUAGAGCAUGGCUCAGUCGGUAGAGCGUGGCUCAGUCGGUAGAGCAUGGCUCUUUCAAUCGCAAGAUAGUGGGUUCAAUUCCUGGGUCACCUAUACAUAAAAAAUGCAUGAAAGUAAGUCACUUGAUUAAUAAAGUGUCUGCUAAAUGGGUAUAUUACACACACAGGGUUUCAAUGAUAUGUUACCUUAUCUGUCUCCGUCCCCUUCUACUGUCUAUAUCAGGGAUGGACAACUGUCUCAGUCCCCUUCUACUGUCUAUAUCAGGGAUGGACAACUGUCUCAGUCCCCUUCUACUGUCUAUAUCAGGGAUGGACAACUGUCUCCGUCCCCUUCUACUGUCUAUAUCAGGGAUGGACAACUGUCUCCGUCCCCUUCUACUGUCUAUAUCAGGGAUGGACAACUGUCUCCGUCCCCUUCUACUGUCUAUAUCAGGGAUGGACAACUGUCUCCGUCCCCUUCUACUGUCUAUAUCAGGGAUGGACAACUGUCUCCGUCCCCUUCUACUGUCUAUAUCAGGGAUGGACAACUGUCUCAGUCCCCUUCUACUGUCUAUAUCAGGGAUGGACAACUGUCUCCGUCCCCUUCUACUGUCUAUAUCAGGGAUGGACAACUGUCUCCGUCCCCUUCUACUGUCUAUAUCAGGGAUGGACAACUGUCUCCGUCCCCUUCUACUGUCUAUAUCAGGGAUGGACAACUGUCUCCGUCCCCUUCUACUGUCUAUAUCAGGGAUGGACAACUGUCUCCGUCCCCUUCUACUGUCUAUAUCAGGGAUGGACAACUGUCUCAGUCCCCUUCUACUGUCUAUAUCAGGGAUGGACAACUGUCUCAGUCCCCUUCUAACUGUCUAUAUCAGGGAUGGACAACUGUCUCCGUCCCCUUCUACUGUCUAUAUCAGGGAUGGACAACUGUCUCAGUCCCCUUCUACUGUCUAUAUCAGGGAUGGACAACUGUCUCGUCCCCUUCUACUGUCUAUAUCAGGGAUGGACAACUGUCUCCGUCCCCUUCUACUGUCUAUAUCAGGGAUGGACAACUGUCUCCAGUCCCCUUCUACUGUCUAUAUCAGGGAUGGACAAACUGUCUCCGUCCCCUUCUACUGUCUAUAUCAGGGAUGGACAACUGUCUCCGUCCCCUUCUACUGUCUAUAUCAGGGAUGGACAACUGUCUCCGUCCCCUUCUACUGUCUAUAUCAGGGAUGGACAACUGUCUCCGUCCCCUUCUACUGUCUAUAUCAGGGAUGGACAACUGUCUCCGUCCCCUUCUACUGUCUAUAUCAGGGAUGGACAACUGUCUUAGUCCCCUUCUACUGUCUAUAUCAGGGAUGGACAACUGUCUCCGUCCCCUUCUACUGUCUAUAUCAGGGAUGGACAACUGUCUCCGUCCCCUUCUACUGUCUAUAUCAGGGAUGGACAACUGUCUCCGUCCCCUUCUACUGUCUAUAUCAUGAAAGUUGCUAAUCCCUGGUCUACACUCUUAGAAAAAAAGAGUUCCAAAAGGGUUCUUCGGCUGUCCCAUGGAACCAAAAGGGUUCUACCUGGAACCAAAAGGGUUCUACCUGGAACCAAAAGGGUUCUACCUGGAACCAAAAGGUAGAGUGUAUAUGAUGGAACACACACACACACAGCUAAAAAGGUCAGUAUUGCAACAUUCACUUUUAUAUAACUAAUACUUUUUUAGCGAUUUCUACAAUAAAGAGCUCCAUUUAAAUUAAGUCCAAGCACCAGAUAUACAAGUACUCCAAGCAGAGAAGAUCUGAGAGGUGGAAGGAGUUUGGUGACACAGUCUGCAUGCUGUAGCAUUCAGAUAGAGGUGGAAUGAGUUUGGUGACACAGUCUGCAUGCUGUAGCAUUCAGAUAUAGCGCUCUACUGGUCUACUACUAUUGACUGUCUAAACCUUGCGCAACAUGUAAAUGUUUCCACCCACAACUGUGGACACACAUUGGACCUCAUUAUCACUGGCAAUAUCCCUGCCUCUGACUUGCUUGUCAUCGAGCUAGGCGUCUCUGACCGCUCCAAAUCCUUUCCAGUGUCCAUUAAAUUCCGCAACAUAAGGAAACUCAACCCAUCCCUCUACCUGGAACACAUCCAGCCCUCCUUUGAGCCUGACCGCAGCGAGCCGGCCCUCGACGACAUGGUCAACCUGUACAACAGCACUCUGAGUAAUACCCUGAACAUCCUUGCUACCGAAAAAAACAUUCCAAUGUUCUUCACCCUGGUUCACUGAUGAACUGCGCAGAUUGAAGACUCAUGGCUGUAAGCUUGAGAGGUCUUGCUGGAAGGAUCACCAUCUCCCGAGUGGUGCAGACCCUGCUUCGAAUCCAGGCUCUGUCGUAGCCGGCCGUGACCGGGAGACACAUGGGGCGGCGCACAAUUGCUGGAAGGAUGGCCUCACUGUCCAUCUACUGGCCUAUAAAUACCACCAAGCAAGCUGCUCUGCUGCCUUAAAAGCAGCAUGAUCAGCCUUCUACUCCACAACUAAGAUGACCCCAGAACCCUGUUCUCAACCAUCAACCAGCCUUCUACUCUACAACUAAGAUGACCCCAGAACCCUGUUCUCAACCAUCAACAAGCCUUCUACUCUACAACUAAGAUGACCCCAGAACCCUGUUCUCAACCAUCAACCAGCCUUCUACUCUACAACUAAGAUGACCCCAGAACCCUGUUCUCAACCAUCAACCAGCCUUCUACUCUACAACUAAGAUGACCCCAGAACCCUGUUCUCAACCAUCAACCAGCCUUCUACUCUACAACUAAGAUGACCCCAGAACCCUGUUCUCAACCAUCAACCAGCCUUCUACUCCACAACUAAGAUAACCCCAGAACCCUGUUCUCAACCAUCAACCAGCCUUCUACUCCACAACUAAGAUGACCCCAGAACCCUGUUCUCAACCAUCAACCAGCCUUCUACUCUACAACUAAGAUGACCCCAGAACCCUGUUCUCAACCAUCAACCAGCCUUCUACUCCACAACUAAGAUAACCCCAGAACCCUGUUCUCAACCAUCAACCAGCCUUCUACUCCACAACUAAGAUGACCCCAGAACCCUGUUCUCAACCAUCAACCAGCCUUCUACUCCACAACUAAGAUAACCCCAGAACCCUGUUCUCAACCAUCAACCAGCCUUCUACUCUACAACUAAGAUGACCCCAGAACCCUGUUCUCAACCAUCAACCAGCCUUCUACUCUACAACUAAGAUGACCCCAGAACCCUGUUCUCAACCAUCAACCAGCCUUCUACUCCACAACUAAGAUGACCCCAGAACCCUGUUCUCAACCAUCAACCAGCCUUCUACUCUACAACUAAGAUGACCCCAGAACCCUGUUCUCAACCAUCAACCAGCCUCAUCUCAUGCCCUCCUGCAGCCUCAUCUGAGCAGUGCAGUUGCUUCUCUGAUUUUUUUCAAGGAUAAGAUCGACACUGUCAGAACAAACACCACGGCCUCUAAUAUGACCUGAACCCCACCUCCUGAGCCCCCCCCCCCCCCAACCCAGACUGCCCCUCCCCUCAGCAGCUUCGCAUGAAGUCCCAUCCAGCGCUGUGCAGUCAAUCAUCUCUAAAAUGAAGGCCACCACUUGCUCCCUUGACCCUGUGCAGUCAAUCAUCUCUAAAAUGAAGGCCACCACUUGCUCCCUUGACCCUUUGCAGUCAAUCAUCUCUAAAAUGAAGGCCACCACUUGCUCCCUUGACCCUGUGCAGUCAAUAAUCUCUAAAAUGAAGGCCACCACUUGCUCCCUUGACCCUGUGCAGUCAAUCAUCUCUAAAAUGAAGGCCACCACUUGCUCCCUUGACCCUGUGCAGUCAAUCAUCUCUAAAAUGAAGGCCACCACUUGCUCAUAAGUUGAAUGCACCAAUUUGUAAGUCGCUCUGGAUAAGAGCGUCUGCUAAAUGACGUAAAUGUAAAUCUGAGAGCCGCUCCAUCAAUGGGAAACUUUAAACUUUUAAAACCGGCCUUAAAACCCAUUUCCAUUGGCUGUCUUCUAGCUCUAAUCUGGAAAGUCCUUUUAGCCUACUAUUUCCUGGUUCUAAAUUAUGUUUUUAUUGUAUUUAAUUUUACUGUAUUUAAUUUAUUGUACUUUAUUUACUGUAUUUUAUCAUAAUUUUUUUCUUCGAGAUAACACUGUAACGAGAAGCGCUAGUUAAAGGUGUUAUUAUUGUAUUAUAUGGGAAACACAGAGACGGCGUUAACCUCAAGUCCCUCUGGAUGGAAUUCAAUACGUCUAUAUUUAAACACGUACACACACUCAAGUGCAACGGCUUUUUUUUCCCAUUAACCCAGGCGAAUGAAUCAUUUCACCACUGUAGCGGUUUCUCUUCGCCGUCAACGAAAUCCCCCGCCAUGACACUUUCAGUCUCAACAGCUCUGUGUUUUUUCAUUUCUAGUAUGAUGGCGGGCUGGUGUGAGUGAGUGGAUCUAUCCAACGAUAUGUUUGUGUAUAUAUAUAUAUAUAUAUAUAUAUAUAUAUAUGAGUGUUUUUUUAGUAAGAUCACGUAGGUUUAUAGUAUGCCAAGUACAUACCAUACGGUUUGUAAGCAGGCAGGCAGGCAGGCGUGUAAUGGGUUUUGCAAGUUGAUAGAGUGUAACUGUGGACCAAGCUGCUUCCCGUAGCAUAACAUUUCUUCUUCUUCUGUUCUUCUCGGAUGUUCUGUUCUUCAUUUGUUCUGUGGUGAAAGUCAGGCCGUUGGCUCUGAGUGUUCUAGAAACAUCCCAUGCCUCCGUCGCCAUCGCCAUGGUCGCUGUCACUAUGGAUGCUAUCGCCCCUGGUGACAGCCAUCUGCCAGUCAGUCUCACGGUGUAAUUGUUGUCCUGUUCUCAACAACCUUUGGGCUCUGGUGCGUGUGUGGCUGUGUGUGUGUGUGUGUGUAUGUGGUUGUGAGUGUGUGUGGCUGUGUGUAACCUUUGGGUCUUGGCAGUAAAAGAACAUACACAUGCAGAUUAGCCGUGAGGGAUCACCCGAUGUUUGAAGAGAGGGAGACAGAUUGAAUGAUUGACACACACACACACUAUCUCUCUCUCCUCUCUUUAUCUCUCUCUCUCUCUCUCUCUCCUCUCCUCUCUCUCUCUCUCUCUCUCUCUCUCUCUCUCUCUCUCUCUCUCUCUCUCUCUCUCUGUCUCUGUCUCUGUCUCUGUCUCUGUCUCUGUCUCUGUCUCUGUGUCUGUGUCUGUGUCUGUCUGUCUGUCUGUCGAAGUGUUAAAUGGAACGUUCUGUCCAUCUCAGAAAUACAGAGGAGUGGAGGAGGGAGAGAGGGAUGGAUAUAGAAAAGAGAGGAGAGAGAGAGAGAGAGAGAGAGGGAUGGUUGGAGGGAAAGAGAGUAGAGAGAGAGAGAUCCAGAAUCAAAAUCCAGAAAAGAGCCGUUAAAUUCUAUAACCACUUAAAAGGAAGCGAUUCCCAAACCUUCCAUAACAAAGCCAUCACCUACAGAGAGAUGAACUUGGAGAAGAGUCCCCUAAGCAAGCUGGUCCUGGGGCUCUGUUCACAAACACAAACAGACCCCACACAGCCCCAAGACAACAACAACAACAACACAAUUAGACCCAACAAAAUCAUGAGAAAACAAAAAGAGAAUUACUUGACACAUUGGAAAGAACAAACAAAAAAACAGAGCAAACUAGAAUGCUAUUUGGCCCUAAACAGAGAGUACACAGUGGCAGAAUACCUGACUACUGUGACUGACCCAAACGUAAGGAAAGCUUUGACUAUGUACAGACUCAGUGAGCAUAGCCUUGCUAUUGAGAAAGGCCGCUGUAGGCAGACCUGGCUCUCAAGAGAAGACAGGCUAUGUGCACAAUGCCCACAAAAUGAGGUGGAAACUGAGCUGCACUUCCUAACCUCCUGCCAAAUGUAUGACCAUAUUAGAGACACAUAUUUCCCUCAGAUUACAGCGAUCCACAAAGAAUUUGAAAACAAACCCAAUUUUGAUAAACUCCCUUAUCUACUGGGUGAAAAACCACAGUGUGUCAUCACAGCUGCAAGAUUUGUGACCAGUUGCCACAAGAAAAGGGCAACCAGUGAAGAACAAACACCAUUGUAAAUACAACCCAUAUUUAUGUUUAUUUAUAUUCCCAUUUCUACUUUAACUAUUUGCACAUUGUUACAACACUGUAUAUAUACAUAAUUUGACAUUUGAAAUGUCUUUAUUCACUUCUGAGUGUAAUGUUUACUGUUAAUAUUUAUUGUUUAUUUCACUUUUGUUUACUAUCUACUUCACUUGCUUUGGCAAUGUAACACAGUUUCCAUGCCAAUACGGGCACUACAGUGAAUUGAAUUGAGAGGGAGAGAUGGAGAGUGACGAGACCCCACUAGACUCGCCUUGGGGAGACGAUGAGAUGAACGAUGACAGAGAGGGAGAUGGAGCAGAGAGAAGGACAUGACCGGCUGGAGUUUACCCCUUUCACUUAAAUAUCAGAGAACCCUGGCAGCUUCGAGGGACGCCUCAGAGAUGAGAUACCGAGAUGACUCCGGAAGACACAUGAGAGGAUCAAUGACGAAUAACCGUAGAGUCGAGGAGAGACGAUGUAGAAGAGCUGAGAGGAGGAGAGAGAGCAGAAAGAGAGCGACGCGAGAAGUGCGGAGAGACUGAGGAGACGGGAGACGCAUCGAGAGAUGAGGUGGUAAGAGGAGAGCACGGGAUGGCUGGAACCGGGAAGAUGUCGACCGCGGUAAGUGCAGAGAGAGGGGAGAGAGGACGAGAGAGACUGGAGACGAGGAGAGACGCUCGCGCUGGACGAUCGACGCAGAGAAUCGAGAAGUCCCUGUGA